AUGUCUGAUACUAAAGUUCUAACACCAAUACCUUCUCAAAGAGAAAUGAAUGGUCCUCAUUUGCAAGAACAACAACAGCAACAGCAGCAACAGCAGCAACAACAGACGGCUCAGCGACUGCUGAGACCUAGAAAAUCUGUCACUGCACUCACACCAUCCGCAUUGUUACAAAACGACGAAUAUCACAGCAAUUUGUCAUCUAAUGAACAACCAAGAGUUGUUUCAACUGCAGCAACAACCCCUAUCUCAACCAACGUCUCCCCAAGUAAAGAAAAUCCAGAGGACUUUUCUGCUUUCUCAUUUACCAAGAAAGCAAUAAGUAAAACAAGUUCAUUUGCAUCCGAUUUAACUACAAGUAUCCACAAGUGCGAGAAGUCAAGUUGUAGAAGCAGCACGACUUCUAGUAAUACUACACAAUCAGAGCCAGAGCCAGAGAUUGUUAAUUUUGACUACAAUGAACAAAUUAGAUUUCCUAGAUUGAACAAUCAUUAUACAUACAAUAAGAACAAGACCUCAUUCAGUUCAGAUGAAGACAAAUCAGUGAUUCAAGACCUAAAUCUAACGGCUGUGUCGACUCUUCAGGAAGAAGUACAUGAGCAACAAGGAUCAGAGGAAUAUCAACCUGCAUUAUUUGAUUUGAAUCAACCAUGUCGAAGGUAUUCUGUUCCAACUCAACUAAAUGGUUCACCAGAUGAACAGUUGUUACAGGAGUAUACAGAGAAUAAUAAAAUCUACCAAAAACAAAUCGAGAAAGACUCUGAAUUACAAUCAGAAAUGCAAACCAUUAAUGAUUCUCAAAUUCGACCAAGGAUAAAAAACAGAACUAGUUUCCCAAAGUUGAAAGAUAUUGAUUCCCACAAAAAGCUAAAACAGUUGUAUCAAUUUAAGAAGCCACUCCUAACUCCAGCUGUUUUAAGACCAACGGCAACUAAUGAAGAAGAAGAAACCCCUGAACCACCCAUGUUGCCAUCAACUUCAUUGUAUACAAUUACCAAACCAAGAAAAGAAGAUCUGCUUCCUGCUUGUAACAUUGAACCCGUUAGGUCUCAUUGGAAACCAGAUAAUAUUACUUCUAAUUGCAUGUGGUGUUUCAAGCCAUUUCAUAAUGCACUUGUGUCCAUAAUAUGUGAUGGUCCAAAAAGACAUCAUUGUCGUUUUUGUGGGUUGAUUUAUUGUUCUGAUUGUUUAACUCAAGAUAAGGUGUUAAUUGAUGAAGGGGCUAGAUUAAUAAUCCCAAUCACAUCAAAGAAUCCUCUGAUACCGAACUAUAAAGACUUUAAGAUCUGUAAAAAAUGUGGAAUCACUUACAAUAACUUGUCCAAAGAAUUGAAUAAUGUUCCUACAAUUUCUUCCUUUGUCAUGAUUGAAAACCCAUAUCUCAGACACGAUCCAAACGAGCAGUAUAAAUUUAAUUUUGAUAGGUUGCUGGCAGCUCAAAAAAGCAAUUCAGACAAAAGAGCUAGUGUUGCAGACGUGCCUAAUGAUUGGGUAUGGAGCUCCUUUUAA